GGGUGAAGGUCAAACACGGCGCGAGUAUCACUGUAGUCUUGUGCUGUGUGACGCUACCUUGAAGACCCGAGGGUGUUGGAAGGCAGGGUCGACGCGGAGAGUGAGCAUGGGAGUUCCUCAAGGUUCGUUGUCCUCGCGGUGGCAGUGUCUCAUGAGCUUGUCUCGCCGCCUCGUGUCGAAGUGCCAUUCCUCGCUGCAUCCCAUUAUCUUUCUGUCGUGUGAGGUGAACGUACCGUAGCAAAAUACAGAAAAGUAAAACAAGUAAGUGUCGCUAGCCUGUUGGUAACUAAACUAAAAUAUACCGAACAGAGACUCGAAACUCGCAUCUUUCUUUCUCGCCUUGCUUCACGGAUUCCGGGUAAAGCAAGAGAGGAAUGUGGAAAACUUGGAAGAAAGAUACAGAUGUUUACCGGCAGCAAUAACUCUACUGAAAGCAGGUCCAGUGGUUGUCAAACGUGCUGACAUACCUGAGAGAGACGCUCAUAAGAACAGACGAUCCUUUUUUGUGACUGGGAAGGACUUAUGAGCAGAGACGGACAUGAAAAGAAGAUACGUGGGACCAACACUUUGGAAAGUACAAUAAAAGAAAAUCAAAAGCUUAAAUAAGUAUCGGUAAAUAAAAAGAACUCGGUGCAUGAACGUAAUUACAGGAAACCAAAGAGAUAAAAGAUAAAAACAGAGUAACAAGUGCAGUGGUGUAAAAACAAAGAAAACUAUACUUAGCGAAAUACAAAAACAGGGCAGAGAAACGCUUUGAAAUACGAUUAUAUAUAAGAAGAGGAAAAAAACGCAACAGGAAAGCAAAACAAACGUAAAAAAAAAAAGCCACAGUCGCCAACACACUUGCUCAACAAAAACUCGAAAGAAAAAUAGAGGAAAAAUAUCGGAGAGGAUAGUGGAGAAGAAAAGCGAGUGAAGGAAGAAAGGCGUCUAGAAAUAUUAGUUAACACACACACACACACACACACACACACACACACACACACACACAGUCACACACACAGUCACACACACACCAAACAAGACCAUCUGCAAAGAGGGAAAGUAAACAAGGAAGAAUAAAAACCAACACUAAAGCAGGUGCGGAGAGAAAACGAAGAGAGCAAGAAAAAUGAGGGCAGCGUAGGGAAGCGAGAGGACGAGGAAGAGGAAGAGGAGGAGGAGGAAGAGGAGACCGCACGUGUAGGAGAACAAGGGAAGGAAGAAUGUACCAAAUCAGAUUUAUCGUCAUUUCUUGAACCCCGAGCAAGCGGGUGGAUGUAUCUGUGAGAGUGUGGUGAGUGUGGAGACUGCGUGCGUGGUCGAGUCUACCUCCUAGUUCCACGCGUCGCUCUGAGGCAGUGUGGGGAGUGAGCGCCUCGCGAGCAGCACAAUGGACACUGGUCUCCACAUGUGACAGGCUGAGAGAGCGGUGUGUCUACGCCCAGAGCCGAGGCAGCCUGAGAUUGGCUCUUAGUCUCCUUCUUCACGUCUGAGCCAGCUGGUGACUUGAAGGAGAGAAAUAGAAGUCUCAAGGAAUUCCGAAUAGUAAGACUUUGAAGUGAAUUGAAGUGAAAAACCGAAAAGAAGCGGAAAAAGACGAAAUCAGAACGAGAACAGGAAGCGACAAACAGUUUCAGCAACAGAAACAAACAUAUGAACCAAAUCCCAGAAGGAGGAUGUAGCAUUAAAGCAAAUCAUUCUGGCGCCAUAAAAUGCUAGUGACGCAAACAGAAGUUACGAGACUGACCGGAAAAAGGCGAGGAGACGGACCAGAGAACUAACUUUACCCAGGAACAGACGAGGUGAAGGACGCCGCUAACAACCACGAAGAGUCACUGAGUUAAACCACAAAGGAGAAGUGUCAGAAGAAGAAGAAAAAGCACCAACACUAAUAACAAGACACACACGACUGCGUUCUCUUCGCCCUUUCUCGGAUCUGCCUUCACCACCUCACCGGAGACAAAGGCCACCUGUUGCUUUUGAGAGAGAGAGAGAGAGAGAGAGAGAGAGAGAGAGGGAGAGGGAGAGGGAAAGGGAGUAUUCUCUCAAACGUGGUCUCGGAAGCUCAAAUUUUCCCUCACUUGCUCCUCUUUGUUACUGGGGAAAAAUAAUAAAGUCCCCCAUUGUCCUCGUUGCCUCGACGCAUUACUCCACCCAACGCCCCUCCUCCGUCUGUCCCUUCUCCUCCACCUCAUCCUCCCCCCAUCUACCUCCCGAGGAAGAAAGGGAAGGAAAGAAUAGACGAAGUAUAAAAAAAAGGUGUGGGAAAAAUUACCUUCCACAAUAGCAUCGACUGUUUCCCCACACGCCCAGCUCUCACAAACGAAGGCCUCCUCCUCCUGCCCCGCCACUCCUGCUGCACAUUGAACAAGGAAGAAAAGAGCUCCUAAAACCGUUUCUUCACCCAGUUCUUUUUCACCCUCGCACAUACACCCAUCCCCGCAUCGUUACUCCGCCCCUCACACCCAUCUCAUACUCAACAACCCUUCGCCAUGGACCAAGCCGAGGGGACGCCGAGCCCUGGGGUGUCCGUGGCCCUCACCCUCAUAACGACCCUUCUCAACACGACACUGGACGACUACUACUACUCGCAGCCCUGCCUCGACGAUGCUUGCAAUGCCUCCGCCCUCGCCUCCACCACCCAGCCCGACGCAUACAGCAACGGCAGCAGCAGCAGCAGCAAUGCGACGGCGAGCUACUGCACGUCGGCGGGGUGGAAGGACUUCCGCGAGAGCUACAAGCCGGUGCACGGGUGCAUGUCGCUGGUGGUGUGCGUGUUCGGCUCGGUGGCCAACGUGAUCAACAUGGUGGUGCUGACCCGCCGCUCAAUGGUGUCGCCGACCAACGCCAUCCUGACGGGCCUGGCGGUGACGGACCUGCUGGUGAUGGUGGAGUACAUCCCGUACACGAUGCAGUACGUGUGGCAGUGGGAGUCCCGCACCGAACAGUUCUCCUGGGGCUGGGCCGUCUUCAUCCUCAUCCACGCCCACCUGAGCCAGGUCUUCCACACCAUCUCCAUCGGCCUCACGGUGACGCUGGCCGUCUGGCGUUACAUCGCCAUCGCCUACCCGCAGAACAACACCACCUGGUGUAACAUGAGCCGCACGCUCAGGGUCAUCGCCGCUUCUUUCUUCUGCUCAGUUAUCUUCAAUAUCCCUAAUUAUCUCAACUUCACCAUCAUCCCGUUCACCUAUAACGGCGAGACGCUGUACCGGGUGGACCUGAGCCGCCUAGCACUAGCCCACGGGGAGAUUCUCAAGAACAUCACCUUCUGGAUCUACUCGGUCAUUCUGAAACUGCUGCCGUGCGUAGCUCUCACCAUCCUCUCGAUAGCAAUCAUAAGGGAGCUGCUGCGCGCCGCACGUCGCCGAGCUCAACUCAUGAACUCGUCGGGUCGCGCCAACGACGCAGAGCGAGUGGCGGACAGAGUCACCAAGAUGCUACUGGUCAUUCUGGUGCUAUUCCUGGCGUCUGAGGUGCCGCAGGGCGUCCUCAGCCUCCUGACGGUCAUCCUCGGGUCAGAGUUCUUUCCGUGUUACAGCAACCUCGGCGAGAUAAUGGACAUGUUGGUGCUGCUCAACAGCGCCAUCAAUUUCCUGCUGUACUGCGCCAUGAGCAAGCAGUUCCGCGACACGUUCAGCGAGCUGUUCAAGCCGUGCUGCACGCCCGUCCUUGGGGUCCGCAAGAAGCGGUUCCUCCCCAGUUGGAUGACGGGCACCUUCACCGACCCCGGCACGGAGAGCAACAACACCUGCAUCACGCACGUGUAGCGAGCGGUGUGUAGGCGGCGGCGGUGAGGGCGCGGAGGCCCUAUCGCCUGCUGAUGGAGGAGGACUAUGAUUAAGACAGGAAUUAAUGUUGAACGUUUAUAACGCCACACGCUAUGAUCUCCUCCGUACACACGCGCCGAGCCCCAGACGUGACGCUGAAACUAAUGGACAGAUAGGCUUGAACGGAGCGGUGGCAAACACGUGAAUACAUCAGCGCGAUCACGGCAGCUUUCCUGGCGCACUCGAGAAUGAGGCGGCGGGAACCAGCCCUCCCCGCCUGGCCCCUCCCCCGGACACAGCACAGCAUGCUACACCUUAGUCCGCCAGCCACCUCCCCCUCGAAGUCACCUCACCCGCCCUCGCCCUCCCCCUGUCCAUAACAUCUCGGCGUGUUCCCCGCCGUGCGUGUACCCCCGGGAGGCGAGGACGGGCGGUGAGCAGCGGCAGUGAUGAGCCGCGUGGACGGACAGGACAAGACCUUUAUUUGUAUUUCCUGAGUGCUUGUUAACGUGGCGCCGCCCACCGUGCAGGGACGACGAGGCGAGGCGCGAGGAGGCACACGCCCCGCGCACCUCAUUAUCGGCGGUAAGAAGGCGUGUGAGCAGCUGCCGUGGAGGACAAAAGCAAAUUUGCCAAGUUGUCACGAAAUGGCUGCCGUGUGUCUGUCCUGGAGUCCUCCCAAUCCUGCGAGGCCCCCAGGACACGGCCGCGUCCACAGAGUACAAUAGAAAGUCAAUUAGUUAAGGUUCGAUGACGGUGUGUGUACCAUACGCUUUGCCGGGGUUUGUAUAGAACGGUAGAGGACGAGGACGUUUGUAUGUAUGUAUGUAUGAUAUGUGUAUGUAUGAUAUAUGUAUGUAUGUAUUAUUAGUGUUACUACUAUUAUUAUUAUUAUCAUUAUUAUUAUCAUUAUCAUUAUUAUUAUUGCUACCUUAAGAGAACAGAGUCAUUGUGUAUCGGUGUACUGUUUUUGUGUACAUUUUUAACGGUGUUUAAGUUAAUCCGUGGCCCGGAAGGUGCCGUCAUAGGUGUGACUUGGAAUGUUACGUAUUAUUAUCCAUCUGUUUGCCGAGACUCGCCCCACCACCCGCCUCCCUCACCCUUCCUCCUACCUCGUCCCCCUCCAUCGCCUCUCCCUCCUUCCUCCUUUGCUGGGGCAGUGAAUGAACACUGUAUUCCUCACUCCAACACUUCCUACACGCACCCACGAAUUCCCCUCCUCCCCCUCCUCCCCUCUUCCUCCUCCUCCUCCUUCUCUUCUUCCCUCCUCUUCCUCCUCUCUCUGUGUUAUAUUUGUAGGCAAUUGUUUGUUCCGUGUUUUCCAGAUGCAUUUCAGCAAGAGGCCAUUGAGCUGGUUUAUGUAGUAACUCCGUCUUGUGUGUGUGUGUGUGUGUGUGUGUGUUUGAGACCCAACAAGGUUUAAUAUUAAUGAGAAUAUUAUUGUAAAUGACGUCUUAUUCACCCACCCCCCACCCCUCCUCCUUCUCCUCCUCCUCCUCCUCCUAUUCUUAUUCCUCCUCCUCUUCCUUCUUCUCCUCUUACUUCUCCACUCUCUCCGAUAACCAUUAAUGUAUUUUUCUUUGGCCAGAUGGAAUAUUGAAUAGGACGUGGGAUGAGAAAAUACACACACACACACACACACACACACACACACACACACACACACACACACACACACACACACACACACACAAA